AUGGGGUCAUCUGACCUCGGGCUACAUGGAGUUAUAAUUGUUGUGUUGGCACUGAUAACAGUUAUCAGCACACACAAAAAUCCACACUAUGCUCCGAACAGAUCGGUAAACGUGCAUCUGUUCGAGUGGAGAUGGGAUGACAUAGCUGACGAGUGCGAACGGUUUUUGGGCCCAAGGGGAUUCGGUGGAAUUCAGGUAUCUCCUCCUAAUGAGAAUGUGAUUUUAAGAAAUUAUAAUCGCCCCUGGUGGGAGAGAUACCAAUCGAUGUCUUACCAGUUGGUUACGAGAUCUGGUGACGAGAGACAGUUCGCUAAUAUGGUUCGCCGUUGCAAUAACGCUGGUGUAAGAAUUUACGUGGACGCAGUGAUCAAUCACAUGACAGGGGAACCCGCGGAGAAUGUAGGCACGGCUGGCAACACUGCGAGAUUUAGAGAAUGGUACUAUCCCGCGGUUCCCUACAGGCGGGAACAUUUCAACUGGCCUCACUGUGUUAUUCAAGGCUCGGACUAUCAAAACAAUGCUUGGCGGGUACGUAAUUGCGAGCUAGUGGGACUCAAGGAUCUUAAUCAAAGAGACGAGCACGUAAGACGCAUGAUCGUAAACUUUAUGAAUCACCUCAUCGAUUUAGGCGUUGCUGGUUUCAGAAUCGACGCAGCAAAACACAUGUGGCCUGAAGACCUGCAAGUAAUUUACAGCAGAUUAAAAAAUCUAAACACCGCCCACGGUUUCCCAGCGAACGCUAGACCCUAUAUUUAUCAAGAAGUAAUCGAUUUUGGAGGUGAAGCUGUAAGCAGGGACGAGUACACUCCAUUAGCUGCUGUCACUGAGUUCAAAGUGGGGUUGGAACUUAGCAAUGCGUUUAGAGGGAACAACGCAUUGCGAUGGCUGCAAUCUUGGGGACCGCAAUGGAAUCUCCUGGCUUCCGGAGAUGCUUUAACGUUUAUCGAUAAUCAUGAUAACGAAAGGGGCCAUGGCGGUGGUGGAGGGGUUUUGACUUACAAGCAAGGACGUCCAUACAGAGCAGCCAUUGCUUUUCUUUUGGCUCAUCCUUAUGGAGAACCGCAGAUUAUGAGCAGUUUCGCCUUUCUAGACUCUGAAGUUGGUCCCCCUAUGGACAGGAAUCAGAAUAUUAUACCUCCAGCUAUUAAUUCGGACGGUACAUGCGGCAACGGCUGGGUAUGCCAGCACCGUUGGCGCCAGAUCUUCGCGAUGGUCGGUUUCCGCAAUGCUGCCGGCAGGACUGCCGUCACCAACUGGUGGGACAACGGCAACAGUCAAAUCGCCUUCUGUCGGGGAAACAACGGUUUUGUUGCCUUCAAUAACAACCAAUGGGACCUGAAUCUCACCUUGCAGACGUGUCUCCCAGCCGGCACGUACUGUGACGUGAUAUCGGGCAACAAAGUGAACAACUCCUGCCAAGGGAAGACGGUCAGAGUCGGCAGUGAUGGUCGGGCGCAAAUAUUUGUAGGCGCUCACGAAUACGACAUGAUGUUAGCCAUACAUAUCGGACCUGAGGUAAGGAGCUCAUGGAAAUACUCCGUGAAAUUUCAAGAGUAG